UUGUUACAGAACACGGGUGCUGGUGUGUGCAGCAUCAUCGGUUCAAAGUCAAGUGUUAACUACACAGAUGCUUUUGGGUGUAUUACUGACUAACAGACAGUAUAGAUCAAUGCCCACGCGUGGUAUUGGAAAAUACAGACAUCUUCUUCCAAAAGCAUUGCCAAAGAAGAAGAAGGACAGAGUUCAGGCGAAGCAGAUCAAAGCGGCGUCGGCAACAGAGUUUGGUAUGUUUAAUGUUGUUUCCGGUAAUGACAUGACUCUAGUGGAACAUUAUUCUCAGUACAUCCACAAUCUCUGCAAUCAUUUGGACAUCAAAGUCGAUGAAAGCUAUGCCCUGCCUACAAAAAGCACAGAGGUCAUGGUGAUGCAGGAGCAAGGCACUAAGAUGUAUGUAGAUGAAGUCCUGAAAACCCAUGAGCGUGUUGUUCAGAUCAGUGAAAUGAAGGUAACACUUUUUCCCAUAUUUAUGGACGUUAGCCUGAGGGGGUGCGAUUCUGUGUAAAGCAGCACACGGAAACAGAUUUUCAAGCCCGGUUUAAGACAAGACCUGAGCUUGAGGGACUUCUUGCAAAAAUUAAUAAUUAAU